AUCAAAAGAAUGAAGUAUUACAUACAGACUGAAAGAAAUACAAAAUUUUAAUUUAUUAUUUAUAUUGAAAGAAUAUUUUAUAUAAUUUUUGGGAGAUUAUUUUUAUAAUUGCCAACUGAACUCAAUUAAUUUUAUGUGGACGCAAUUAACAAUUCAGUAAAAUAAUAAAGAUGUUAUCAUGCAUGCAGAGGGGUAUGGACCCGGAUACCUUAUAUUGUUCACCAGAUCCAUUAUUCGAUGAAAUUACGGAAGUAUUUUUGGACACCUUCGGUACUAAUACAAUACCAGCGGGAUAUGUGAAGGGGGACAGCUAUGGCCCAAAAACAAAUAGACAAGAUUUCGCCAAAUUAUUUAGAGUGUUUUACAUACUUAUCAUACUUGCUGUUUUAUGUGUUUUAGUAUUGAUAAUGAUGAUUAUUUUCUUAGUAUGGUACUACAAAAGGCGCAAUUAUGAAGCAAAAUCGUGCAGCAAAAUAAAAUUCUGGUCAUUGUUUAUUAUCAUACUGUUGCUGCUUUCGCUCAUAUUGUCAGCUUUCGGGCUCUACAUGGCCUUCGCAAAUAUUUCAGAUCUGAGGAAAAUAUAUACAAAACCCGAAGUUGUGAGUAACGAAGAUGUGAUUAACGAAGAUAAAUUUGAUAACAUCGAAGACGCUGUUUCUAAAAUCCUGGUUAAAGAUUUUGAAAAAUUAAAAACCAAUUCAAUUUCUAGUUGCGGGAAUUCCAAUUCCCUAAAGGAUCUUUACUCUGCCACAACCAAAUUGAGGAAAAUAUCAUCCGAAAAAUACAAGAAGUUCAGCAACUACAUCGACGACCACAUCAUUACGUCUUUUGCCUAUAUGUUACGGCAUGAAGAUGUAUACCGAAUGUUUGCACGAAAUUUUAGUGCUUAUAUGAGCGUGGAAGAGGAAGGACGAAAAAUUGUCCUCGAUAAUAAUAUCACUCUUUUUGAUGACUAUAUAUUUGCACUAAGUGACUGGUGGGUCUUACACAAUAUCUCAUUGACGAUUACAAAACUGAUGCCUUACUACGCCAUAACUGCGAAAUCGGAUCUAAGGAAGAUACGCGUUUGUAUGCAUAUAGAGGAUUAUUUUGAUGAAAUAUCGGUGAGCGUUAACCAACAAAGAAAUUUUAUUAACGAAAAGUUUGAAUCGAUAUUUGAGACGACAACUAGGGAUCAUAAGGCUCCAUACAAGUUUGGAUACAUUAUAUGUAUUAUAGCCACUGUGGUUCUUAUCUUUUUUCUUAUUUUUCUAUUGUGCAGUUUGUGUUUGAAAUUUAAAACUAUGGUCAAACCUCUCAUAUUUAUCUACAUAAUGCUCACAUUGGUUUUCAUUCUCAUGGCUUUCGUCACAUUUUACCAUUUCUUCUAUGGAGUUAUUGAAUAUAAUGGAUUGUGUGAAUAUAAUGCAAGAAAAGCAAAUGUGGAUAGUUUCAGACGUAGGAUGCUUCAGGCAUGCACGAGUAAUCAGAAUGUGUAUACAUUAUUGGCAGAAAAUCAUUGGAUAAACGGUUUAUCUGAAUGGAAUACGAUCGAUGAUUCUGAAAUUUAUGACGAUUGCAUAGACACUUGUACCCCAUUGGAACGACUAUUCUUAUUUAAAUUGGAUGAGUCGGUUAGGGAAUAUCCAAAGGAAUGUUUUUGUCAAUAUAAAGGAAUAGAUAAAAAGUGGCUAAAAAACAUCGAAAGCAAGUAUAAGGAAUAUGCGAAAACCAUGACUGACUUCCCAUCAACCGAAACUUAUUAUUCGGACCGAAUUCGUAAAACCUCCUGUGUUUUGGAUCUGGCAAAACAAAUGGACACGCCAUUCACUAAAAAAAUAUAUAAAAGUUGCACUAGUGCUUUUGAUAUUGGAACAGAAUUUGCCGAAACAUUCCGAACGGCUCUUGAUGAAGUAAAUGAUAUGUGUCAAACAACUAUCGACUCUUGUUCGGCAUAUAUUAGAGAACUUAACGACCUCGUUCAAAACAUAACUGAUUUUAAAAUAAAAUCUGAGGACCAGCUUAAGCUUCAGUUUGGAACCUGUGAUGAUAUGUUUAGAACUUCAAGGAUAAAGCAGGAGAAAUAUUGUAACUGUGACAUAUACACAUUGAAUGGUGUCUGGGUUGGGAGUCUUAUAUUCUUGUUGGGCACACUUUUGGCUCUCCUGCUUUUGCCUUGCUUAUUGUAUCUAUUCGUCAAAUGUAGCGGGAAGGAUCGUUUGCUGUCAAGCACGAGCCGUGAAGUCAGAGAUAGAGAAGGUGAUGAUAGUUUGGGUAGAGACUCUGCUUAUUCAAUACUAUUGCCAGCUAUAACUCUACCAAAGCAUGUAAUAAACUCAAUACGGGAUGAUCCGCGGGUUAGAUACAAAGUAAAAAAAAUUAAUUAAUUUGAAAGCAUUCAACCAAUCCCGAAAUACAUCACAUGUCGCAUGACGUGAAAAUAAAAAAUAAAAACCAAAGCGAAUGAAUUUUAGUUGGUGAUGAUAUGUGAGUGUAUGAGCAUUGAAAGAAAUUACAUCUAAUUGUAUUAAAUUGUAUUCAAUUUAAAUUUUCCAAAAAUUAUAUUAUAUUAUAUAAUUAAAUACAAUUAUAUUUAUAACCUUU